AUGCCAAACGAAAUCGAUCUUAAGCCAGAAAGCAGUCGGAUAGCUCUUAAACUUCCCCAAUUUUGGGAUAAAAAAGCCGAUUUAUGGUUUAUUAAUAUCGAGGUCCAGUUUAAACUCGCCGAUAUAUCGCAAGAUACUACUAAGUAUUACGCAGUGGUUUCAGCUCUCAACUCGGAAGUGUUAGCGUACGUGAGCGAUAUCGUUAAAAACCCUCCUAGGGAAAAUUUAUAUCAAAUACUAAAAGAUCGACUCAUAGCAGAAUUUUCCGAUUCCAAACAAAAACGAGUGAAAGAUUUGCUGUCUAAUGCCGUGUUAGGAGAUGAUAAACCAUCUCAUCUUUUACGCAAAAUGCGACAACUAGCUAGUAAUAAAGUCGGGGAGGAAUUUUUAAGAACGCUAUGGAUUCAGCGUUUACCCAAAGAAACUCAGGCAAUUCUUUCUGUUUCCGAUGGGGAUUUAGACAAAUUAGCCCAAAUGGCCGAUAAAAUUCUUGAGCUCACACCUUUGCAAAUAGCCAAAACUAAUUUAGCAAGGAACGAAAAUAGUACACACGCGGCCAUAAUGAAGCUCCAAACGCAGGUCGCUGAGUUAACAGAGCAAGUUAAUCGCCUAGCAAGGCCCAGCAACAGAUAA